UUUUUUCCCCCAACCACGGAACCGUACUGUGACUCGUGUCGGUAACGAUAUCUCAUUCCUACUAGCGUGAAAUCUAGUCGAUCUGCCUCGCAAGAACACGUUUUCGCGGCUCAAGUCUCGCGACGAAGACUUGGGUGCGAUGAGCAAGUCGGAUAUUCAGUCGUGGCUGUCUUCAGCCAGCACGGAACGCGAUGAAAGUGAAUCCACUGGUCUGCCAUGGCAGAGAGACAUGGUACUGAAAGACUGGUCGACGUCUAUGGAACAUGCCCAACAUCGGUUAUUAGAAAGCAAAACUUCGUUCAGGGUACGGUUCUUACAGGAAGAACUGCUUCCUCUCGUUCGGCAUGCUGAGCUCUCUUUAUCUCAAAAUCUUGACAUUUUCAAGCUGUUGACGCUCACAUACCCCAGAUACGCUGAUUCAAUAUCGAAGGAUGCUGUCGAAAUGGUAGGAACGGAGAUGAUAAAGAGGGACGAACUCCGGGGGACAAUGGAUAGCGAUGAACAAAGGCUGGGAGUAACGGAGCAAAUCCUGGGUUGGCUGUCGCACGAGGUGGCGCGCUAUUCGAAGCUCAGUUCAUCAAGCGCUUGUGCUCCUUCAGAUCUCUUCACGCUUCUUAGCUGGUGCUGUGGGAUAUAUACCAUAUGCAUCCAAUAUAAUUCGACGUUCUCAGAAACGCAGUCUUGGAGCGUCUUGCUCGGAUCCAUGGCUCUUCUCCUGGAUAUGAUCAGCGACUCGUCACGGGCGAAGGAAUCUCUCAAACAUGCUGCAUUAGUUCAUACGAGGCGCGCAUUCCGUUCAGCUGGCGGAAAACUGGGUCUCGUCGUCGGGGCUCUUCUCAGGCAAGCUAAGGCCACUCAGCAUCCUCAACGGUUGAUACCUUUGAUCGGUGUUGCCAUAGGCGUGCUUGUACGAUUAAGGAACAUCCCGGAAUCACCAUCAUCCAGGUUAUCCGGCGCGGUGAAGAGCCACAUACUCACUUUAUACUCAAGUUCACUACUUAUGUCCAAACAUGCUGUUCCUGCCCAUGUAUUGGAUGCAACCUAUGAUUUCAUUCAUCAUUUCGUUACGGAAGUUGACUUUGCCAACACACUAUGGCCCGCCUGUGAAAAAGCUGCCCUCAGGUCCCCAGAAUACUCGCUCAAUGUUAUAAGGCAUUUUUUCACGGCAUACUCGUGUCCCCUCAGCGACGAUUCUGUCCGCUGUGUAAUCACACAGGCCGUAAAUUGCUCGAAGUUAAGUAACGCUGCGGUUCGCACAAAUUCAAUCCAAUUGUUCAAGACCAUCGUCGGCACACACCAGACACCAUCGAUUUUGGAGACCACUGUGAACGAGCUGUUAACACUUCCACAGACAGGGAAGACGAUAGGACCAGAUCAUCGCAUCGCGCUCUAUACCAUGCUUGCAUCAAUACCCGCUUGUGCUGUUUCCGCCUAUGUCGUUCAAACCACUACUCCUCUCCUUGCAAAAGAAAGUCAUGAUGCAGCUGUAUCCGCUCUUGCCUAUGCUCUCCAUCCCCAUAUACUCCAUCUCCUCCAGUCGGACCUUCCUCUUCGUGAAGACACAUUGUCUUUGAUAGCCAAAGAGAUGAACAGCCUCAAGCCUCCGAUCCGGAGGGCAUUUUGUGCUUUGGCGGGUAAUGUUCUAUGGUCAUCGGAGACUUUGGAUACGCCUGCGUGGUUAGCUUUCGCUGCUGCAGUCUUACCCUCCUUCGAGAGCAGCCUAAAGACGGUUUCGAACAAUCUAAAUGCUGGCGCAUUCGAGGGGUAUAUUGCGGUGGCAGUUCUCCUUGGGCCUUUGGCGCAGGCCGGAAAGUUUGAUGAAUCUGUGGCCCGGAACCCUGUGAUUCAGGCUAUUACGUCCAGUUCUGCGAAGCCCUCGUUCCUUCUCUCCGAGCGGGUUUAUCAGAAGCUCACUGACUCUGAGGACGAGCUGUGGCUUUUGCGCGCCAUUGAGGCCGUGAUACGGUUUUUUAGCCAGGAAAUAUCCACCAAUGACGCCAUCAGGCUGCAAGUUGGAAACGUCUUCCUGCAUCUUUCUGUCAAUGGCUCUGCAGAUAUCCGAAGAGACGUGAACCGAGCGAUUGAGUUGUCUGCUUCAAAAUUCCCGGAAUUGACGUCUCAUCUUGUCCGUGAUGCACUGGUGGCAUUCACUGCUCGCGGGCCACCUUCGGUGGCCAAGGUUGACAAUGUGUUAGUUCCGUGGAACAAGCACUCACGACUUGCUGCGUUGCUUCUCAGUUCCGUCGCUUCUCCUGCCGACUGUGGUGUUUCAGUCAAGGAACGAGAGGUUGUAGAGGCGCUGAUUGUAGCCCAUCAUGAACUCAUCUGUGCUCCGGCUCGUCAAACAUGGAUUGAUCUUUGCCAAAGGGCUGGGACAGAUCCCCACGAUCUUGUUAACAGUCACGUUGAUCGGCUUCUCUACUUGGUAUCCAUCAAUGCCUUCAGCGAAGCAUUUGGCUUCAAAGAGGCCAGCUAUCGUGCGGUGACAACAUUGGCUUUCGUGUGUCCAGAGAGUGCGGUACCACGAAUAGUGGACCAGGUCCGAGAAGAUAUAGACGCAAAUGCCAUCAAUGGACUAUCCGAAGACGACCUAGGGAUUUGGGCAACCCCAGAGGGUAUAACCUAUGUUGAUGUCUUAUCAUCGUCUAGCAAGACCGUGGAAACCAGAAAAGGCAAAGAUGCUGAUAUCGCCAGGUGGGAAGCCGAUUUGCGUAAAUCGCUAGCCAACAAGAAGACUGCCACCCCUACAUUGACGAAACAACAGCAAGCUCUUGUCAGCGCUCAACUGGAGAAGGAGUCCUUGGUACGGCGCCAUGUACAAUCUGUCAAAAUCAAUCUAGAACGUGGACUACAUUUCGUUCGCAGCUUAGUGAGGGCAGGCGUUCCGCAAUUCAGCGCCUACAUAUCGUCGGUAGUCACAUUAUUGUUGGACGGAGGUGGAUCCCACUUGGUUGGACAGAUUACUGUCAAUAUUUAUCUGGAACUGGCCCAAUGUUGUUCGGAACGUUUGGACAUGUUCAGGAAGUGGGUUGGGGUGGCAACUCUCCGCGGAUUAAAAGGGAGUAUCGUUCCGGAGGAGCUGCAAGCUGAGGCUUUGAAUUCUUUGGUCACGAGAGUAUUGCACCGUUUGCGAUACCUCUCUGAGCAGUCGCCGUUCGACCCUGCUACGUUCUCCUACGUCUUUCCUCUCAUCCGUCAUGUAUUGGCUCACGGGGGAGUCUGCACUGAAGAUGUCGAAGAAAGGGAAGAGCAGCUUGCAUUGGCGCUGGACACGAUCAAAUUCCAUUGCGGAGAAUUCGCUGAUCUUGACUACCCGCGACAACAAACGUUAGAAAUUCUCAUAUUAACGACCCGUCAACAACCCAAGCUCAGUAAGGAAGCGUCGUCAGCGCUUAUUGACCUCAGCGAGGCUAUAUAUCGGACAGCUUCAAAAAGCGAAGUUGAUAUUCUGUUGCAGGGGACGCUGUUGCAAGAAGCAUAUGUCCGAAACUCAUGUCUUCAAUCCCUUCAGCCUUUCGAUUUGACGGACUCAGACUGGUCACUGGAACUUUGGAUAGCUUGCCACGAUGACGACGAGCAAAACUCUUUCCUGGCAAAGCAUGUGUGGGAGGAUAACGGGCUGGAUGUUCCAGAGACAUUCCUUGGUGCACUAUUGCCUUACCUUAAUCACGAUCAUGCAUAUGUUCGUUCCAGCACUGCUGCUGCUAUUGCAGAAGCUGUCGAACCUUGGCCUCAAUCAAUCAAAGAUACUGUCAUUGCGUUACAGGAAUACUACCGCGAAAAGGCAAAGAUUCUGGCGCCAGAAUAUGACCAAUAUGGCAUGGUUAUAGCGCAGAGUCUUGAUCGCUCUGACCCUUGGCCGUCCCGAGUAGCAACAGCGCGCGCUUUCGAGUUGCUAGCAUCAUCAUUUACGAAAGCAGAAGUCGAACCAUUCUUCAAGUUCCUCAUUCAGGACGAGGCACUGGGUGAUCGCGAGCCGGAUGUUCGUCGAGGGAUGCUCUCUGCUGGGACAACAAUCAUCGAUCUCCAUGGCGCCUCGUGUAUAUCGAGUCUUAUUGCCAUGUUUGAAGGCCACUUGAGCAGUCCUAGUCUAUCCACGGAAGCGGGCGAUCAUAUAAAGGAAGCGGUCGUCAUCCUUUUCGGUCGUGUCGCACGCCAUCUUGAUCGCGCUGAUCUACGCAUCCCUAAAAUUGUUGACAGACUUAUCGGGGCCCUCAAAACUCCGGCCGAACAAGUGCAGAUAGCUGUUUCGGAUUGCCUUUCACCUCUCGUCAGAUUAAUGCGACCGAAACUACCGUUUUUGGUUGACAGUCUCAUCGAGGAUUUGGCGAAUGCUUCGAAAUACGCAGCUCGUCGUGGUGCAGCGUAUGGUUUGGCGGGUGUUAUCAAGGGUACGGGGAUUGCAGGGAUGAAGGAGUUCAAUGUGAUCAGUCGUUUGCGGGCAGCUACGGAGGACAAGAAGAGAUAUGAGCCUCGCCAGGGCACGAUGUUUGCCUUCGAAACGCUGUCCAGUUCAUUGGGGCGGCUUUUUGAACCUUACAUCACAUACGUUCUUCCGCUGCUGCUCUCCUUAUUUGGAGAUGCUAUUCCGGAUGUCAGGGAAGCUACUCAGGAUGCAGCUCGGGUCAUUAUGGCGAAUAUGUCCGGCUAUGGCGUCAAGCUCAUCUUGCCAUCCUUACUUUCUGGUCUUGAUGAAAAGCAGUGGCGAACGAAGAAGGGAUCUAUAGAACUUCUUGGGAUGAUGGCGUAUUGUUCACCUAGGCAGCUCUCCCUCUCUCUUCCUAUUGUCAUACCACGUCUCACAGGUGUCUUGACGGACUCCCAUACUCAAGUGCGGACAGCCGCCAACAAGAGUUUGAAACAGUUUGGGGAAGUUAUCAGCAAUCCCGAGAUCCAGUCGCUGGUCCCUGUCCUCCUGAAAGCCCUUGUCGAUCCUGCGAAGACGCCAAAUGCGUUGUCUUCGCUGCUCAAGACCUCCUUCAUGCACUACAUCGACCACUCUUCGUUGGCGUUGGUGGUUCCUAUUCUCGAACGAGGUCUACGCGAGCGUGGUGCGGAUACCAAGAAGAAAGCGGUACAGAUCGUAGGUAACCUGGCGUCGUUGACAGACUCGCGAGACUUUGUCCCAUAUCUCUCCGAAUUACUACCGAUGGUGCAUAUGGUACUUGUAGACCCCGUACCGGAAGCGAGGGCUACAGCUGCCAAAGCGUUGGGAACCUUGGUAGAACGUCUGGGUGAGGGCCACUUCCCCGACCUCGUACCUGGACUUCUGCGGACUCUCAAAACGGAUACAUCUGGUGUGGAUCGACAAGGCGCCGCUCAGGGACUGAGUGAAGUUUUGUCCGGUCUCGGAAUGGAGCGUCUCGAAGGGUUACUUCCGGAUAUCAUCGCGAACGCGCAAUCUCCUAGAGCUACCGUUCGAGAAGGCUUCAUGUCGUUGUUGGUGUACCUACCGGCCACUUUCGGAACGCGCUUCCAGCCUCAUCUACCGAAGAUCAUUACUCCGAUACUGAGCGGUCUGUCUGAUGUAGAAGAAUAUGUUCGGGAUGCGGCGAUGAGGGCCGGAAGAAUGAUCAUAACCAACUAUUCGAACAGGGCAAUCGAUCUUCUUCUUCCUGAGCUUGAGCACGGAAUGUUUGAUCCUGGUUGGCGCAUCCGGCAAUCAUCUAUUACCCUUGUGGGAGAGCUUUUGUUCAAAGUUUCCGGCAUCUCGGGAAAAACUUCUAAUCUUGAUGAGGAAGACGUCGCCGAUGCCAGCACUGCAGAGAGCUCUCGCCGCGCUUUAGUUGAAGUACUUGGAGUCGAAAGACGCGAUAGACUUCUCGCCACGCUUUAUCUUGUUCGUCAAGAUGGUGUCGCUGUUGUUCGUCAAUCGUCGAUACAAAUCUGGAAGGCAUUGGUGAACAAUACUCCCCGGACAGUCCGAGACAUACUUCCCGAACUGAUCAGUCAGACAAUUGUUCUUAUAUCUAGUGAUGAGUUUGAGCAACAAGAGACUUCUGGUCGUACAAUAGCAGAGCUCUGCCGCAAGUUUGGUGAAAAGAUCGUUGGCGAAAUCAUGGCUAUUCUCAAAGUCAAGGUGACGUCGACCGACUCGCGGACAAGGGAAGGCGUCUGCUUGGUCUUGAGUGAAAUCAUGGAAAAUUCCACCGCCUCUCAACGGGAAGACCACGAAGAUGGCAUCAUAUCCAUGGUUCGCGUAUCCUUGGUCGACGACCAGGCUAAUGUUCGAUCCGCGGCGGCUAAAGCGUUCGAUAUGUUGCAAGAAUAUAUGGGACCCAAGGCCAUCGACGAAACCAUCCCUACGCUUCUGGAAGCCCUUCGGCAGCCUGGAGAGAGUUCUGGCACCGCAUUGCAAGCGCUUAAGGAGGUCAUGAAUGUACGAGCGGCGACUGUGUUCCCGGUCCUAAUUCCAACAUUAACGGCUACGCCUAUGACCGUGUUCAAUGCCCACGCUCUUGCUUCACUGGUCACUGUCGCUGGAAAUGCGCUGAGCAAGCGGCUGACGGUCAUUACCAGUGCCUUUGUCAAAGUUAUCGAAGACGAGAAGGAUGAAGAGCUUUUAUCUGCAGCGGAUGAGGCGACUCGUGCAUUGUUCAGGUCAAUCAAUGACGUUGAAGGGCUGAACACUCUCAUGAUGGUGCUCUUGGGAUGGUCGAAGCACGAUACCCCCAGACGGCGAAAGAGCGCAUACAAGUUCUUCUCCAUCUUCUGCGAAGAGACUGAACUGGAUACUUCGCUAUAUCGUGUAGACUGGAUCAGACAGCUUAUCUCUGCGAUGGAAGACCAUUACGAGGAUGUUUACGCAAGUGCCGUACAAACCAUCGACGUCUUCCUGAGAUCCGUUCCCAAAGACGAACUUGAAUCGCUCGUGGUCCCCUUGCGGCGGAGCAUCGAGUCUACAGGUGCUCCGGGUCACUUUGUCCCUGGUUUCAGUGUCCCCAAGGCAGUCGCGCCUCUCGUUCCGGUGAUUAUCGCCGGUCUGACUACGGGUAGUAACGAGCAGCGGGAACAAGCAGCGUAUGCUAUCGGUAAUCUCGUGGAACGUACGGAAGCCACUGCGAUCAAACCAUAUGUGGUAUCUUUCACCGGCCCGCUGAUUCGCGUGGCGACACAAGCGACGACGUACCCCCCAGCGGUCAAGACGGCCAUUCUGAGUGCGCUGACAUCGAUGUUGGAACGUAUACCUGCGUUCGUGAAACCGUUCUACCCUCAGCUGCAGAGGACGUUUGUCAAGGGCAUGAGCGACCCCGCAAGUAUCGUCGUCAGGAAUAAAGCGGCCAAGGCGUUGGGCGUGCUGAUGAAGAGCCAGCCCAGGGUGGAUCCAGUCGUGGCGGAGCUUAUCGCAGGAGCCAAAAGCAACUUUGACGACGGUAUUGGCAGCAGCGCCGUGGUGGCGCUCACGCAUGUGGUGAGGAGUGCGAAGGAGAACGUAGGUGAAAAGGCGAGGGAAGCGUGUGUCGACCUUGCGAUCGAUGCAUACAGGGGAAGCUCUGAUGAAUCAUAUAUACAAGCUAUUGCUUCGUUAGUGGCAGCAUUGGCCAUCUUCCCAGACAUCCUCCAACCUGUUGUAGAGUCGUACUUGGUCGCUGGUACACCCGCAUCGGUCAUUUCUUCGCAGACGCUGCGUGCUGUCCUAUCCGCAGAUGAGGAGGAGGAGGAUGGGGGCGAGGGCGAGAAUCUCUUCCAGAAGCUGGGACUGAUGCGCAGCGUGGCGCAAAAGGUGAUAGAAAGUGCCGGGAACGAAAAGCCGUCCAUCGCUAGACCUGCGCGGGAGGCGCGGGAGGCGCUGAGACGUGUCGAUGACGAGAACUUGCAAGGGUUGCUGUAGAUCUGAUGGUGCAUCUCUUUGAUUUAAAGAGCUAUUCAGAAGCUUAUCGUCCUGGAGGUUGCAUAGAGAUACCGAAG